GACAGCCUGGAUUUCUCCGGAUGUGAAAGAUCUUGUUCUCAGUGUUUAUUCGCAACGACGAUCACAACGAAUGUCGUUGUGUCGACGUCUUUCAUUAGCCAGUAUAAAUUUGGGUGAUAAAUUUGACCAAUUAGAACAGUCGUAGUAAAUAACGUUCGGUAGCGCGACAUUAGAGUUGGAAAUUUUUGGUUUUUUCACACUUUUUGGCUGAUUUUGGACCUUACUCUAAUAAUGGCUACUGGUGAUCUGAACAAUAAUGUCCGGAAGUUGCAGGGAAUGUUAAAGAAGAUAAAUUACGAAAAAGAUGCAGAUAUAAAAGGGCUAACACAGGGUCAGUCGAAUUCCUUCUUCCCAAUCUAUCAUUAUCUGUUCGUGAACUACAGCCAGCCGUUCUCACAGAAGAUUAUGGAAAUGAAUAUAGAACUUUAUGGCAAAACCGAUUUGCGAUUCAUUGAGUCUAUGUACAAGAUUUUACGAGAUAUGUUCCAUUACAAAUCACCAAUAACAAAGGAGCAGUUCUUUGCUGGCGGCUUCAUUGAGAAGAAGGUUAUUAUGUGCACAGACAUUAUGAGGCUCGUGUUCGAAAAGCAUCAAUCUUUGAAACCCAAGCAGGUCAAGGCAUUCAAAGUUCCAGGCCCAUUUGCGUACGGCAACACCAAGCCUGUGAAGAGUGGCAGUGCCAAUAGUUCAGUUGAUAGUACUUGUAGUAGCAGUAGAACUGAUUCCAAAGAGAAGAGAGCUGCCACCAAAAAGCCACAUGUCGUCAACGAACUCCGCAACCCAAAGAAUAAAUAUACCGCCAGCAAAUUUAAUGUGUCUGCUCCUCAUAUUCCAACUAAUUCGAAAUCCCAUUCCAUGCCCUCACCGAUCCAUAAGCACUCCAAAGACCUGUCGCACAGCUCUCCUAUCGUUAAAGGGGCUGACAAAUCAGUUCACUACCGCGUACCACAUGAGGAGGCCGCUGAACAGAGCCUGGAUCCUAUUGACAUCAUCGCCAUGACCCCUGGGGCCAGUUCUCAACCUGGUCCUGUACCGCGCUGCCGUUCAGUUCCUGAGAUGGUGCAGGUCGCAGACUCUAUGGCGAAGAACCUCACAGACCGGUUGGUGUCAGUGGAGUCCAAGCUGAGUGGCAUUGAACACGUCAUGGAACGCCUAGCGGUAUUUGAACCCCGUCUCAACACGAUAGAAAGGUCUGUCAACUAUCUUGAGGAGCGCAACGCAGAGACACCAAUUUUCACCCCUUCACAAUUGGAGAAUCUCCUGGCCAGGCUCACAAUUCUGGAGAAUAAGGUCGCCAUAAUGGAUUCCCAGUCGUCCAGGACUUCAGUUCCUAGUGCUCCGUCCCCUCGAACUGAAGGACACAUUGGUGCCAAAACCGGCUUGGCACAGGGGGUCUAUGAAGGGUCUCCAACUACACUGCCUCCACAUUCGCCGCCUGUGAGGGAUCCAUCCGAUGUCCUGUCUCCGAUUAGCGUCAUGGCGCGGGACAACGUAGGCCUGCCUGGUUCAGUCAUGUCGCCGGACCUGUCCCUCGUCUUGCGAGCAGAGGAGGAGGCCGGCACCAGGUCCAGCACCCCAGAGGAAAAGACGAAGAAGGAUGCGUCGCUGUCGAUUCAUUUCGUUGAUACUCCGACUUGCAACCAGGCUAAGCGAGUGUUUGAAAUGAUUCGAGAUACAGAGGGCCGUUUGUCCAAGGAUGAAAAUGAACCACCGGCAGACCAGUGAAUCCUGGUUUCGUGUGAAAAUGAAAAUGCAGACGUUGACUUCUAUCUGGUCAGUUUUGAUGAUUGGUUAAUCGGGGAUGAAUUCGAUAUUUGGAAUAUCAUGCAGUAAAUCAGAUAGACAAUUUCGUUAACCUGGUUACUUAGUUAAAUUUGUGAAAUAUUUCUAUGUCGGUGUUUUUAAAAAUAUAGUAUCAAAUGCUAACUAAAAAAUUCACAAAUAUUUCAACUCUUAUGCGUUUUUCCAGUUAAAAGCUUUAAGUUUUUCAACAAAGUGCGAUAUUUAGUUUACCACCUGUCAAAUAUGAGCAAAUUUGCCAACCUUUAGCUUUGCUUAUUUUACACAGUGUUAGCUUGAUGUGUAAGUUGGCUUUCUUAAAAGGUCUCAAGAUUAGCAUUGUUGAGUUUGAAUUUGUAUUUCAAGAGAAAGGCAUAGGAAAUAUGCCUGUGAUAAUGUAGGUU